AUGAGGCCGGAUCAUCAGGCUAAAAAAGAUGAUUUUGAGCUGUCUGAUACAUCUAAAAUCUCACAGAACGGCUAUUCCGAGUCCACACAGGAUUUGGAUGAAUUGGAAUUAGAAUAUGAUCUUUAUAAGGCUCAAGAAAAUAAUGAUUUGGAAGGUGACAAAAUGAACGAUAGAACAAAUGAAAACACAUACGAAUACGGCGGUGGAAAGGGCUUCAAAAAAUCCAACCUUGGGUUCAUGGGACCCGAAGAGCCUCUUUUUUCAGCUGAUGGAAUUCCAAGUUAUAACGAAAAUACAGUGAAUUUAAGAGAGUACUACAAUCACUCUAUAAAAGAACACUUAACACUAAAGGCCGCCGGUAAAUAUGUUUCAUCUAUUUUCCCAAUAGCGCAUUGGCUUCCAUUUUACAAUUUAAAGUGGGGCUAUGCUGAUUUAGUCGCUGGUAUAACAGUCGGCUGCGUUUUAGUUCCUCAAUCUAUGUCAUAUGCACAAAUUGCCACCUUACCGCCACAAUAUGGGCUUUACUCUUCAUUUAUUGGUGCGUUCAUGUAUUGCUUAUUCGCCACUUCAAAAGAUGUCUGUAUCGGGCCAGUCGCAGUCAUGUCUUUACAGACUGCAAAGACAAUCAGCAAUGUCCUCGAAAAAUAUCCUAAUGAUACUACCAUUACUGGUCCCAUAAUUGCCACAGCUCUAUCUUUGUUAUGUGGUAUAGUCGCUCUCGGUGUGGGUCUACUAAGACUAGGUUUCCUGGUGGAACUUAUAUCUCUAAAUGCAGUUGCUGGUUUUAUGACUGGUUCAGCAUUUAAUAUCAUUUGGGGACAAAUUCCGGCUCUAAUGGGAUAUGGUAGAAGAGUUAAUACAAGGGCCGCUACAUACAAAGUUGCAAUCGAGACUCUUAAACAUUUACCUGAUACAAAACUUGACGCAGUAUUCGGCCUGGUGCCUCUUGUUAUUUUGUACUUCUGGAAAUGGUGGUGCAGCGAUUACGGAAUCAAGUUAGCUGAUAAACAUUUUGCCAAUGAUCCUAAGAAGAAGAAAAUUUUGAAAGCGUUUUAUUUUUACGCCCAGGCCAUGAGAAAUGCAAUUAUUAUCGUCGUAUUCACUGCGAUUUCUUGGAGUAUCACGAGGGGCAAAUCAAGAGCAGAACAACCAAUAAGAGUGUUGGGAACUGUCCCAUCAGGGUUGAAAGAUGUUGGUGUUAUGAAAAUUCCUAAAGGAUUACUAUCUAAUAUCGUGUCGGAACUUCCAGCUUCCGUGAUUGUUUUAGUUUUGGAACAUAUUGCGAUUGCCAAAUCUUUUGCUAGAAUUAACGAUUACAAUGUGAUUCCUGAUCAAGAAUUGAUUGCCAUCGGUGCAUCAAAUCUAGUUGGUACUUUUUUCAAUGCGUAUCCUGCUACAGGAUCAUUUUCGAGAUCUGCUUUGAAGGCUAAAUGUAAUGUCAGGACACCAUUCUCGGGAGUUUUUACUGGUGGCUGUGUCCUCUUGGCCCUUUAUUGUUUGACCGAUGCGUUCUACUUCAUUCCUUCGGCAACGCUGUCAGCUAUUAUCAUACAUGCUGUAUCAGAUUUACUUGCUUCAUAUAAGACAACAUAUGCGUUCUGGAAAAUGAAUCCAUUGGACUUUAUUGCCUUCAUUGUCACGAUUUUCAUCACGGUUUUCUCUAGUAUUGAGAACGGUAUUUAUUUUGCCAUAUGCUGGUCAUGUGCAAUGCUUUUACUAAAAAAUGCCUUUCCCGCUGGUAGAUUUUUGGGUCGUGUUGAGGUUACUGAAGUGAUUAAUGGAUCUGUCCAGGAAGAUAUGUCCACAAAAACCGAAUACAGCAGAAACGAAAGUGCACCAACUGAGGUGGGUCAUUCUUCAACCAAAAAAAUAAAAGAAAAUGUGAUUGUCAGCUGUGAUUCGGAGUCGAACCACAGGUAUCACACAAAGUGGGUGGCUUUAGAUCAUGGUUACACAAGGGAAUUGAAUUCGGAUGUCAAAAUAAUACCUGCUCCACCAGGUGUUCUUGUUUAUCGUAUGACCGAUAGUUUCACAUACUUGAACUGUGCUAGACACUAUGAUAUAAUUUUCAAGAAAAUACAGGAAACGACAAGACGUGGUCAACUGAUGCAUUUAAAGAAGAAAUCAGACCGUCCAUGGAAUGAUCCGGGUGAAUUUGAAACACCGAAAUCCAUAAAGAGAUUGCUGAACUCCAUUAGUCGUAAAAAAGAAGGUGAAUCGGCGGAUGAGGAGUCUCAACUACCAGAAGGGAUUGAUAGUGAUGAUACCAUCAGGGAUGAUAGACCUGUUCUUAAAAUUUUGUGUUUGGACUUUUCACAGGUAGUCCAAGUCGAUUCAACAUCCAUACAAUGUUUGGUUGAUUUGAGAAAGACCGUCAAUAGAUAUGCUGAUAGACAAGUUGAAUUUCACUUUUCUGGAAUAAUAUCUUCUUGGGUUAAGAGAAGCUUACUCAGCAUGAAGUUUGGCACUUUGAAUGAAGAAUUCAGUGAUGAGUCAAUUAUCGCCGGUCAUUCGAGUUUUCAUUUAGCCAGAGUACCAAGGUCUACAUUGGAUUCUCAAACCAGCCAUAGUAGCGAUCAAUCAUUACAGCAUGACCAAGAAUAUGAUGUGUAUGCCGCAUCUGGAACCAAUUUUCCAUUUUUCCACGUGGAAAUCCCAGAUUUCUCUAAAUGGGACGUCUAA